UUGUCAGUUAAUAAUCUGUUAUCCACUGUUAUCAAUCAAUAUUUUGAAGCAAAAUGCAGAUACUGCAUGUACCUAUAAUACUAUUGUUUAUUAUACCUAUAAUAUGCGGAAGAAUUAUGCAAGGUCGAUAUACUAGAGAUCUAAAAGAGUACCAAUUAUCUAUUCCACAUAAGCUAACCCGACAAGGAGAGUAUUCUGUGUUUCAUUUACCACAUUUUUAUUACUAUAAAUCAGAAAUGUAUGGGGAUAGGAAGAAAAGAAGUGAUAAUGAUGAUGAUGAAUUGAUUCAAUACGCCAUUCCGAUCGACGGCGAUACGUAUCACGUAGAGCUUUGGCCAAACAGAGAUUUCAUGCAUCCCAAUUUAGUGUUUGAGAAACGUGACUCUGGAAUUCCGGUACGGGACAGACUGGUCAGGGGUGUAGGAAGUAAAAAAUGGUGCCAUUACAGGGGACGGGUGAAAGGUAUUACGGAUUCGAGUGCCUCGAUAUCAACGUGCGAUGGAUUAAUUGGUCACAUAACAAUAAGGAGUAAAAGAUAUUUCAUAGAACCAGUGUCUGAUCAUGUCCCUAGCGAAAAGGGUCAUCAUCUUCACAUAAUAUAUAACAAAUCACCAAAUGAUGGAAUCUACAGAUGUGGAAAUAAACCAACGUGGAAGGACGAUAGCUUAGAUAGAAUAAGGAAAGAAAUUGAUUCGUUCAAAGAAACAGAUGUCUUCAAAAAUAAUCCACUCUUUCUAAAAACUAUACCUAAAUUUAUUGAGGUUGCAGUAGUUUGCGAUAAGAAAUUUCUAGAUUAUCAUAAAUCUCGUGAUGUGGAGUUGUAUGUAAUGACUUUAAUGAAUGGGGUGAACGAUCUUUACAGAGAUAAUUCAACUGGCCAAUUAAUAACUGUUGAAGUUGUAAGAGUAAUCUAUUUAGAGAAAGAGGAAGAAGAAAUUGAUCUAGAAGUAUCGGGCAAUGCUUUAAAAACUUUGGAGAGUUUUGGACGUUGGGUAAACAGGAUUAACCAGCCCAUUGAUAGUCCAACUCAUCAUGAUGUUGGAAUACUUUUAUCAAAAUUUGAUCUGUGUAUUAAUUCUUCUACAAAGGAAGGUUGCGAAAUAACAGGUCUCGCAAAAACAGCAACUGCAUGUAAAAACGAUGGAUCUGCUGCAUGUAUUACAGAAGACAUGGGCUUGGGGCUUUAUACAGUAAUAAUAGCACACGAAAUUGGGCAUUUAUUAGGUCUGGUCGAUGAUCAAAAAGAAAGACAUUGCAGUAGUAUUGAUCCAACUGAUGGCUCACACUACGUUAUGUCACCACAUACACAUGUUUAUACUAUCAAAUGGUCCGAAUGUUCCAGGGAGGAUUUCAAAUCAUUCUUUCAAACAAAGCAAAGUGAAUGCCUUGAUGAUGAACCUACUACAAACUUGUUUCCUUACGUUGAUAAUAUGCCAGGAGUGAUUUAUAAUGAAAACGAUCAAUGUAGAAUAAUGUUUCCUGAAAGCAAUGGCGCUUGCCAUCCCACAACACUUGAUUUUUGUUCUUUCCUAAUAUGUCGGACAUUUAAUAAUACUAAAUGUACGGGAAUUAAAGGUCAGGGGCCUGUUGAUGGUACAAAAUGUGCAGACAGCAAAUGGUGUUACAAACAAAAAUGUGUUGCUAUGGGCUCUAGACCUGGUGCUAUCAACGGUGGUUGGAGCGACUGGACUGAUUGGUCUCCAUGUAGCAGGACUUGUGGUGGAGGUGUAACUUAUAGAGAAAGAUAUUGUAGCAAUCCAACUCCAACCAACAGGGGAAAGUACUGCAUUGGUGAUAGAAAAAGUGUUAAAUUAUGCAACACACAACUAUGUCCAGAGGAUUCAAUUUCAUUUCGUGAACAGCAAUGUAAAGAACAGGAUUUAAAAUCUACUAAGUCAGAAAAUAUAACCUAUCAUUGGACGGCCGUCUAUAAUUUUGAUUCACCAUGUACGUUAAUAUGUUUUACAAAAGGUCUAGGACUGUUUAAUUUUGGAAAUGCUAAAGAUGGAACCUUAUGUAACCCAGGUACUCGAAAUCUGUGUAUAGCUGGACAUUGUAAAACAGUUGGUUGUGACCUAAAAAUAAAUUCAGAAGCUAUAGAGGACAGAUGCGGCAUCUGUAAUGGUGAUGGAACCACCUGUAGACUUGUUGAUGGGAUUUACAAUGAGGAAGUGUCAGAUCCUAAAAAGAUGCCUCCGGAUCAAGCAAUAGCUAACAUUCCAGUAGGAUCAAGAAAGAUCUUUAUAAAAGAACUUGAGGAAUCAGUAAAUAUACUGGCAAUUAGCGAUAAAAACAAGAAGGAACCAACGUUUUUUCUAAACAAAGGAGGUAAUAGCAAAUUUCGUGGAUCAUUUAAACUUCCUGGAACCAAAGGUUUUUAUUAUACAAAAGGCAAGAAUAUGGAACAAGAUCAUAUAGUUAUUGACGGGCCCACCAGUAUUGAUCUAGUUGUAUGGCUUAUGUACUUCAAAAAUAACAUCGGAGAAUUUUCAAACCCAGGAUACCAUUACCAAUGGGCAGAACCGGAGGAAAGAAAUAAAUAUGACCCUGUUUAUAGUUGGGAAAUUGGAGAGUAUGGAGACUGCAGUGCUAGAUGCGGUGGUGGUGUUCAAGAACCAAUAUGGAGCUGUAUGGAAGAAAAAGGUGGCAUGGUUAGUCCAACCUAUUGUAUUGGAAUUAAUAAACCUACACAACAUUCCAAAAAGUGUAACGAACAAUCCUGUCAUACUAGAUGGAACGUAGGCAGUUGGGGUAAAUGUCACGCAUGUAAGAAAAAAGGCGGUGUCAGAACAAGAAGUGUACAAUGUCUGCAACAAAAUCCUAAUAUAAAGGGAGAAUCAAUACUUGUAGAGGAUUCCCAAUGUACAGGCCCAAAACCUGGAUCCAUACAACUCUGCGAAUCAGACGUGCAUUGUACCGUUAGAAAGAAGCGAAAUGUUUUUAUUCCGGGCAUGCACCAAUCAUCUGUUUGGAAACAAAUGAACCGAAUCAAUAUUUACAAACGAGAGAUCGAGAAUAAUCAAAGCCCAGAAACUCCAGUAGAAUCUAACCAUGAAGAAAUCGAACAUAUUUCAACUUUGGAACCUAAUCAGGAGAAUAAUACUGAAAUAGCUGAAUUAAAAGAAAUUCUUAAGUCAUCGUCAGCUGUUAUUCAAAGAGUCACAACCAAAUUUGUUGUCGAUAAGGAGCCCCUAAAUGAACAAGAAAUAAUAGAAUUUGAAUUAAUUCACCAUAAAUCAAAUAUAUCUGAUAAUAAAAUGAAAGGUGAAGAACUUGGUGACAUUUUGGGUACCACUAAACUCUUUACAGGAAUUGAACUAGAAGAACUUAAGCAUGAGCUGGAGUUUAAACAUAGAAUCGUACACAGUAUCCCUACAACUGAAACUACAGGAACUAAAACAUUUAAAACAACAACUGAAAAGGAAACUAAAACAAAAUCAAUUCAAAACCAAAACUCUAACGUUCACUAAUAACUAAGGGAAUUUAAAACAAGUUUGGGUGCACGUCAUCAAUGACACCAUGCGUCGUCUUAUGGAGUUUGCUGGUGGUCGUAUUAUGAUGUGCAACCAAAGUUAUUUUAAUUUCCCUAUAUAAUUAUAUUGUAUUCAAACACCUUAAGCCUAAAGGUUAUAAGUACUGAGUUUCCUAUAUGUGACUAAAUAAACCAGCUGAUAGCAAUGUUACUAAUGAAAACCGCUGACAGCGAUCUUUAAUUCCAAGCCAUCUCUAACGCCGUUUUUAUCGUAUGUUAUAUAUUAUAGUACUUAUACAUGAAUGUAUACUAUAUACGGGGUGGUGCAUCGUC